GUCGUCGGUGCGUAUUUACUCUGAAAUGAAUGCAGUCGUGUUUCUGCUGCGACGACGAACAGACGCAGCGAGCUUGAAUCCGGUUAGUAGACUUCGCGCGAGUGAUGGGAUAAACAUGACGGAUAUCGACAGUUGAAACUGUCAUUUCUGCUCGAGAUGAUUCUUCCGAUUGCAAAGAACGUUAUUUUUCCGCAAUGGUUCGCUGGAAUCGGAGUAACGAUGCUCCUCAUCCAUAUGGGUUUGAUGGGCGGCUGGGCAUCGCCGACACUGGCUCGGCUGGCUGCUUCGGACUCACCCAUCCCGCUGGAUCCUGAUCAAGCAUCAUGGGUGGCAUCGCUCGUGAACUUCAGCAGAUUCUUCGGUGGCAUCCUCGGUGCUGUUACUACGAACUUCUUCGGCAGUAAGAAGUCCAUCCUUGUGACAUGCGUCCCGAUACUCGUCGGCUGGCUCACGGUAGUUUUCGCCGAUGCCGUCGAGUGGUUGUACAUUUCUCGUCUAUCCAGCGGUCUCGGUCUCGGUAUGGCCUUCAGCACGUUCCCUCUCUACAUCGGCGAGGUCUCAAUACCCGGAAUUCGAGGUGCCCUCAUAUCCCUUGCAACGGUCGGCGCACCCUUUGGUCAAGUCAUCGCCAGCGUCUGUGGCUCAUACCUGACCAUCAGCGAAGCUGCAUCCAUUUACUUGGCUCUCGCCCUUUCGCUCACGAUGUUGUUCUUCUGGCUGCCCGAGUCACCCCACCAUCUCGUUAAAAUUGGCAAAGACGACGCUGCUAAAAAAUCUAUCGACUGGUACAGACACGGCAGAGGAGUCGACGAAGAAUUGACGGCGGUUCAGAAUUUCGUAGCUGCGAACGCUGCCCAGAGCUUCACUGAUAAGCUCAGAGAGUUCAAAACAAGACCGGUUAGAAAGGCGACGUUUCAAAUCAUGGCAUUAUUCACAUUCACGCAAAUCUCCGGCUUGAACAUCAUCAUGUUCUUUAUGGAGACAAUUUUAUUGAGAGCCAAAUUUACACUGGUGAAUCCAGCUUUGAUAGUCAUCUAUGUCAAUAUUUGCAGUACUGUCGCUGCAGCUGCUUCGAUUUUCCUGAUCGACAGAUGUGGACGACGAUUUCUGCUAAUAUUAUCUAGUGCAGGCACAACGAUUUCUAUGGUUGGUCUCAUGAUGCACUUCUUCCUCAUGGAUGCAGGAAGAGACAUGACGAACUUGCAAUGGCUACCCAUGACUUCGGUGUUUAUCUUUAUGAUUUCCUUCUUCAUGGGCUUGUUUCCAGUACCCAAUGCUGUUUUGAGCGAAACAUUUCCUGCAAAUAUUAAAUGCAUAGCAGCCUGCAUCGCCAUUCUAACUGGCGCAGUCAUGUCGUUUGUAUCAGCCAAAACUUACCAGCCGAUAGUGGAUGCCCUGGGCGAUGCUUAUGUAUUUUUGAUUUACGCGAUAUUGUCCGUCAUUGUGAUACCAUACACGUUGUUUAUAAUGCCGGAAACGAAAGGCAAAAGUUUACAGCAAAUACAAGACGAGCUUAUGAAGAAGUAACCGUUUCUUUAAUUUUGUAUCAUUAACUUAUAGUUACACUAACGUCAAUUAAUAGUUACCAUUUUAAUUUUCAUAAAAUUUAUUUAAUUUAAUAAUAUAGUCCUAACACUAUAUCGCACGUUCUAUGAAAUGACCGAAUGUUCGAUGGUCUUGUUCACAAAAAGUCUCUGAAAGUCCCAUCCCACAGAUUUGCAGUUUCGUGUCGAUGCAUGUAUAAUGCAACACGAAUUUUGGGAACCUUCCAGAACCGGUUCUUUCUUGAAACUGGUUUAAACACAACUUUCGAUAAUUUCGGGUGGAGCUCUUUUAAGGAGUUUUUGCCACGCUACAAUAAGUAUAUGUGCAUCUGGACGACCAAAAACCGCGCAGAAGUGUGUUGUCCGACCGGAAGACCAGGCCGAAGCACCGCUUGUAAGUACCUUCUUCUCUCUACGGAAUAUUCAGCCAAGAAGUUUUCUUUCCUUCGCCCAGCUGUAUUGUGAAACACGGCCGUGCCGUACUUGUACUUUUAUAUCGAAAUAAAUUCAGUGGCUUGUUUGUGUUUAGCUCAAA